ACUCAGAAACAGUUAAGUAUCCAUAGCGAGUACUUAAAAAAUAUAUCUGAAGUGUAUAAUUAACAUCUUAUAAUUAAAAUAUGGGUAAAUUAAUAUUAUACGGCAACGACCCAAGCUGUCCAGUACGUACUUGUAAGCUAACCUUAGAAGCGUUAGGUUUGAAGUAUGAAUACAAACUAAUUAAUACCCAAGCCGGAGAGCAUAAGACAAAGGAAUUCCUUAGAAAGAACCCACAGCAUACUAUUCCUAUGUUGGAAGAUGAUGACAAAUAUAUAUGGGAUUCACACGCAAUAUGCGCAUAUUUGGUCAAUAAAUAUGCUAAAACUGAUGAGUUAUAUCCGAAGGAACCAUACGCACGUUCAAUAGUAGACCAACGUCUACACUUCGAAUCAGGAGUUCUAUUUCAAGGGUGUAUCAGGAAUAUUGCUUUGCCGGUGUUUUAUAAGAAUGUCACUGAGGUGCCACGAGAAAAAAUCGAUGCGAUUUAUGAGGCUUACGAUUUUCUAGAAGCGUUUCUAGGCAAUGAACCUUAUAUAUGCGGUAAAACCAUGACUAUUGCUGAUUUCAGUAUUGUAUCAACUGUGACCAGUUUAGUGGGUUUAGCUCCUGCAAUACCAAAAAAGAUUACUGCUUGGAUCGACCGAUUAAGCAAGUUGCCAUAUUAUAAAGAAGCCAAUGCUAAAGGCGCUGAGAUGUUAGUGGAUAUGUUCAAUGAUAAAAUUACGAAAAUUGUUUAAAAACAACAUUUUUCGAAUAAUGUAAUAUUACUAUAAUAUUUCGAAUAAUAAUACAAUAUAUUGUAUAUGAAACACUAGAUAGUAUUUAAUCUCAUUAUAAAGGUUAAGAAAUUAUUUAUAUAAUCACAUGUAAAAAAUUAAAAAAAUUA